AUGAAGGAAAAAAAAAGUGAGGAAGCUGUGGAUGAAACGCAUGCUUUAAAAGAUCCUUGGUUUCUCAGCUACAUACCUCAGCUGACACCAGACAUAGUGAAGUAUGACUUCAAGGGUGACUGGACCAUGGCUAAACAAACACUUCAACAACCGCUUGACUACAUUCGCACUGUUGAGGAGCUCUGGUCUACGAUCAAUUCGUUACCCAAACUACAUCAACUUGGAAACGGUAGUACUUUUAUAUUUGCCCGAAAUAAUAUCGACGCAAGUUAUGAAGCUUUCCCAGACGGUAUUCGAGUCCUUAUAGAUCUCUACAAAGCAGCAGUAGCAGAAAGGGCGCUAGAAGUGGUGCUGGGCUGUGUGCUUGGAGAAGGAAUAACACAGGACGUUUGUGAUGGUAAGACCGUGUGUGAUGUGUUGCGUCUCUCAUCACGCCCCAGUCACGAGUCGCCUGAAUUGUUGCGUCUAGAAGUGUGGCUCAGCGAUCAUACGUACGCCAAGGCGGUGUCUGCGUACAUUAGGAAGGGUCUAAAGGACGCUGGGUUGAACUUUACGGAUAUCGUCAUGGGCGAGUCCUUCUUUGAGAAGGAGAAGAAGAAGAAGAAGGUGGGGUCCAUUACAAAAAGUUAA